AUGCCGUCCAUUCUGAGCGAUGCGGAUAAGGAAACAGUCAAGAGGACUGUUCCUAAACCGGGCAACAAAAUCCUUGCCGUCGGUGUCGCGCGACUGUAUGUUGCUCAUCCCAAUCCGCAGAAAUGGACAUAUACUGGUUUGCAAGGUGCGGCCGUUCUCGCAAAUGACCUCGUCGGGCACACCUUCUGGCUUAAACUGGUGGACGUUUCACCAGCGAAUCGUGGAGUCCUCUGGGAUCAAGAGAUCUACGAUGGCUUUGAUUAUAACCAAGAUCGGGUCUUCUUUCACACGUUCGAGCUCGAGGAGUGUGCAGCAGCCCUUUCAUUCGCCGACGAGAAAGAAGCAAAAACCUUUUUGAAGAAAAUGCACGAUCGAGAAAAGAAUGCGAGCAAAGAAACAAAAGCGACCCCAUUCGGCUCAACGCGCGGGCAAGGACCGUCACAUGUGUCCAGCAGGAAAUCCGGCCAUUCACUCUUUAGUGGCCUUCUCGGAAGGAGUUCUUCGACUGCAACACCAACUAUACCUGCAUCGCUACCACCGGUCGCAGCGCCAGUACAACCACCGCCUCCACCAGCUCCUGCGCCUGCGCCGGUACACGAGCAGCCAUCCUCGAUAGAUUUAAAUGAUCCAGAGAUACAAGGAGUUUUGGCGGAAUUGCGGCAAAUGGGAAUCACUGACGAACAAAUCAAGGACAACGAAGGCUUCAUUAAAUCGUACAUACAAAGCCAGGCUGCUGAAGCUUCUCAUCGAAAUUCUCCUUCAGCUGAAGACCAACGAAAAGCAAAAGCGCCCCCUCCUCCACCUCCAGCAUCGGCACCAACACCGAAAGUCGCAUCAAUCAGCCCUCAAAACACCGGUGGGAGUGGUAGCAGAAGAGGUCCUCCUCCUCCACCCCCUUCACGUCGAAGGACAGAGGCCGCUUCAACCUCCCAAGAACCAGAAACCCCUGCUCCUCCACCACCUCGGGAGCCAUCGCCACCACGGCCAAGAUUCCGAGCUCCGCCUCCCAUUGCAGAUGCAGGAAAGUUCGCCCAACCUGUAACUGCUCCUGGUAGACCCCGAGCAUCAUCUAGUGCGAUGCCUGGUCCUCCUCCACCUCCUAGACCGCCAAAAACACCAAUGGAUGAAGGUCUAUCUUCAGCACCUCCACUAAGGGCUCAUGGUGUCCCUCCUCCCUUUCCAGGAGAACGCAAAGUCUCUGCGCCUCCAGCUCCUCCAGCGCCUCCAAGCCGCAGUCCUGUGCAUGCACCGCCUCCUCCACCACCACCCCGAGAGACUCCUCAACUGCCACCAAAGAUUCCACAUACAGGCGCGGCAGCCUCUAUUCCUCCCCCUCCUCCGGCACGAGCUCCUAUUCCUCCUCCCCAACCUUCCCCAUCAAAUACUCGUCCCGUACCUCCACCACCUCCUCCAGCUCCUUCAUCUGGUGCCCCACCACCACCCCCUCCCCCUCCUCCGUCUGGUAUUCCACAACCACCACCUCCUCCUCCUCCCCCUCCUCCGUCUGGUAUUCCACAACCACCACCACCUCCUCCUCCCCCUCCUUCAUUUGGAGCUCCUCCUCCACCCCCUCCACCUCCUGCAACUGGUUCAGGGGCUCCUCCCCCCCCUCCUCCAACUGGUCCGGGAGCGCCUCCUCCUCCGCCUCCUGGUGGAGCAGUACCACCGCCUUUACUUUCGGUCGGCGGUGGUGGCCGAGACGAUCUUCUUGCAGCUAUCCGAGCCUCUGGCGGUAAAGGUGGUAGUGGAUUACGCAGAGUAAACGACUCUGAAAAACGAGAUCGCAGUGCUGCAAUGGUUCCUGGAACGUCAAAUGAAACGGCCGCAUCAACCCCCAGUGCAGCACCUGCAGGUGGCAUAGCAGGUGCUAUACAGAACGCCCUAGAUAAGCGCAAACAGAAAGUUCGCGGUAGCGAUGAUGAGGGAGAGGAUGAUGACGACUGCGUACGCUUGACCCGAGAUGAUCGUAUCCGUGUUCAAACUCUGCGAGAAGCAGGAUUUACCUAUGAACAAAUAGCGAAUCAACUCAAUAUUACACACAAUCAGGUUCAAUAUGCUUGUCAGGCUACUCAGGUUACUCCUAAAAAGGCACGUGGAGCUGCACCUAAGCUCUCUGAAGCUCAAAUGGAUGAAAUCAUUGAAUGGAUAUCUUCAUCUAAGAAGAACCGCCGCAUGCCAUAUCAUAAAGUUAUCAAGGAGCUUAAUCUCAAAGUGACACCCACUACACUUGCCUCUUCCUUGAAGAAAAGAGGUUAUACACGAUGUAAGGCGCUUUGCAAACCUUACUUAAGUCCUGAAAACCGACGCCAACGGCUUAUAUGGGCUCUAGAACAUGUUUUAUGGACGGAUGAAACAUGGGUUACAUCAGGCUCCCAUACUCGCAUUUACGUGACACGCAAGGCUGGUGAAGAAUUGGAUGAUAUCUGUGUUCGUUCAAAAAUCUCACGACGUCGAGGAUGGAUGCUCUGAGGGUCAUUCCAUGGAAAUAUAAAAGGCCUAUGCCUGUUUUGGGAGAAAGAAUGGGGCUCUAUCAAUGUGGAGCGGUACUGUGAACGAACUGUACCAUUGAUUGAUAGAUAUCUUCGGCUAAUGCGACGAGAGGGUUUAUAUCUACAGUUGAUGCAGGAUGGGGCCCCAGGGCAUUCGAGUUCUUUUACAAAAGAAGAACUUCAUUCUCGAGGUGUGUAUCCCAUAUCAUGGCCUGCAUUUUCACCCGACCUCAAUCCGAUUGAGUCGAUAUGGGAUUGGAUGAAGGAUUGGAUUCAAGAUAGAUAUCCGGAUGAAGAAUUAUCCUAUUAUCAGCUUCGAGAUGUAGUUCGAGGUGCAUAAGACGCAAUUCCUGAGAGCUUCUUUACUCGGCUUAUUGAUAGUAUGCAAGCUCGUUGUC